CACACACACACACACUUCUCUUCAGGUCCAGGUUCAGGUGCGCUUAUGGUUGUUCUGCGUCAUAUCUCCGUGGCGUUCAGCGCCGCGAUGGCUGCGGUCGGGACCGCGCUGUUUAUCGCGCUCAAUGUCUUCUAUAAAAGACGGGUAUGGACACCAGAGUCACACUACUGCACGUUUCGAGAGGAGGAAGAGGAGGAGCGCAGUGAGAAGCAGGUGCUUGUUCUCGGGUUGGACGGCGCCGGUAAGAGCAGUGUUCUGCAGGGUCUGAGUGGAGCGGGCCACAGGACGGGCCGCCGAAAGCCCACUCGCGGCUUCAACUUCAUCAGCGUACAUACACCUGCGUGCCAGCUGGACUUCCUGGAAAUUGGAGGUGGUAAAGACUUGCGGAUGUACUGGGUGGAUUACCUAAGGAAAACACACAUCUUGGUGUACGUGGUGGACUCCUCCGAUCGAGGCCGGCUCCCUGAGGCCAAAGACGAGCUCCAUCGCUUACUGAAAGCAGACACUGAUCUUCCAGUGGUGGUCUUGGGAAACAAGCAGGAUAAGCCUGAUGCUGUUAGCGUGCCGGAGCUGCGCGAGGCUCUUUCCCUGAGCUCUGUGGCGGAUCAGAGGAAGCUCUUCCUGCUGGAAGCGCAGUCGGGAUCUGACGGCCUCCAACACUUCCAGGACCUGCUUCUGACACUGGUGUGACCGCUUGUGCGAUUAAAGACUAGCAAAGGGAUAUUUCAUAACGAGGGAGCUUUCCAUGUAUGGCUUUCUUCCUCGAAUCGUGCGAGACGUAAGGAACGUUUCCGUCAGGAUAAAGCUACUUAAGGAGUUGAACAAACACUAUUUUUUCGAAACGAGUCUAAUGUGGGUAUUAUUGCUGCUAGUUACUUACAGUGCACAAUGAGUAUAUUCAGUAUCACAAAGAGUGUUUUAUCUUUGCAUGUGGAGUCAUAUUUCCAAUAACAAACUAAUGUAUUGCUGACAAGUUCUCCUGCUUGCAACAGGAAGUAUUUAGCCUGGAAACGCUAUAUAUAUAUACAGUACCGGUCAAAAAUAAGGUUUGGUAACAUUACUAUUUUUAAUGUUUUUUGAAAGAAGUCUCUUAUGGUCUCUUAUUUUGAAAGAAGACUCUUACAUAAGAAGUCUCUUAUGUAAAUACUUACAUUUAAAACUAGAUAAAAACUAGAAUUUAUUCUAAUUUUAAUAUACUUUUAAUUCCUGUGAUCAAAGCUGAAUUUUCAGCAUCAUCACUCCAGUCUUCAGAGUCACAUGAUCCUACAGAAAUCACUCUAAUAUGAUGAUUUGAUGCUUAGUUAUUAAGUUAAUGUUGGAAAUUAUUGGAAAUCACUGCAAUAAUUAUCCAAUCAUUGACUCUUAAGUAUUAGCCUAUGGAAAUCCAAACACUGACUUUUUUUGUUUUUGUUUGGCCAUGAUGUGUAUAUAUGAAUGUAUGUGUAUAUAUAAAUAUCUGUGUGCAUAU